ACAAGUUCAAUUAAAACACACAAAGGAGAGAGAAAUCUGGCUGCCUGAAAAAAAAAAUAUGGAAGAAAUCUGAUCACUUUCCCCACUUUUCUGGUCAGACCGAUCGAGAGGUUUCAACCCACCACCACAGGAUUUUGAAGAAAAAGAGCUGAAGACACCAUUUGCAUCAUCCUCUUUUUUCAGUUGCAUCCAUGGACACUGCUCAAUGGCCACAGGAGAUUGUGGUGAAACCAAUAGAAGAGAUACUCACCAACAGUAAUUGUCCAAAGCCUGAAGCUUUAGAGAGGAAAGCAAGGCCUCAGAAAGAACAAGCUAUCAACUGUCCAAGGUGCAAUUCAACAAACACCAAAUUCUGCUACUACAACAAUUACAGCCUCACACAGCCAAGAUAUUUCUGCAAAACAUGUAGAAGGUAUUGGACUGAAGGUGGGUCUCUCAGAAACAUUCCUGUUGGAGGCGGCUCAAGGAAGAACAAGAGGCAGUCAUCAUCUUCCUCCUCCUCCUCAAAAAAGCUUCCUGAUCUUAAGAUCCAUGAGGGUACUCAAGAUCUCAAUUUGGCUUUCCCAGCCACUCAAGAUUUCAGAACUAUCUCUGAAAACAGCAACAAGAACCCAAUUCCUGCUACUUCUUCAACUACUACUACUACUCCUACUACUACUACAACUACAUCUCAGCUUUCAGCUUUGGAGCUUCUCACAGGACUUACCUCAAGAGGUUUCAAUUCUUUCAUGCCGAUGCCAGUUCCUGCAGAUCCAAGCUCAGUUUACACAUCUGGGUUUCCCCUGCAGGAUUUCAAGCCAUCCUUGAAUUUCUCUCUGGAUGGGCUAGGAAGUGGAUAUGGGAAUUUCCAGAGUGUUGUUCAAGAGAAUAGUGGGAGGCUUUUAUUUCCAUUUGAAGAUUUGAAACAAGUCUCAAGCACUACAAGUGGUAUUGAGCAAAGCAAAGAGCACGGAGAUUCAGCUGGGUAUUGGACUGGGAUGUUAGGUGGAGGAUCAUGGUAAAGAAGAUGAAAGAUAAUUAAUCUGGGUCUAUGUUUUGUUUUUUCUUUUUCUUUUUUUCCUUUUCUUUUUCAAUUAUGGGUUUUAGGAUGUGGGUUACUUGUUUGGAUUUCUUCAUAACUAACAGAUAGGAUACCUGGCGGGUUUCUUUCUCUCCUUUGGCUUUUCUAUUUGCCUUCUAAUCAUCUUGUUUACUCUUUGAGCAUGGUGGGAAUUUUGAAGCUUCUUUUAGGUUGGCUUCAGGAAAGGGUGAUAUGAUAUGAGAUACUUUAUAAGGAUAGAGGAAGGGAUCAAGACAUGCCCAGAAAUUUUUUUAGGGUUAACAAGUAGAGAAGGGAAUGCACCAUCACCAUGCCCUUUAUUUCAUGUAAUUUCUUCUGUCACAAAAUCAAGAGCAGAUCGAAGGGCAUCCCACUAUUGUUAUGUGUCACAUUAAUUGGCUUGGGACAAAAAAGAAUGUAUAAUGUGCAAGUUUUUCAUCCAAAAACUAUGUAAAUUUGCAAGUCUGUAAGGAGUUUCUUGAAUGAAAAAAGCCUCUGUUUAUAUAUUUAUAUA